AUGGCCAUACCCAAUGCAAGAGAAGCGGUGCCGCCGCCUCUUCCUCCACCCCGCUACAUCAGUGAUCUUGACCAGCACCGUGACAUCGGUUGGCAGUUUGCCAACGACCCAACUCGGGCUUCUUUUGGAGGACAGCAUCAUGGAUCCGUCAAGCCAGGCUCCUCUUUACUCGGUGGCUUCGCAAGUCUACCUUCGCGAGAAAAGCCGGACAGUGCCGUCGACUGUACAUCUUCGCGUCGACUAAGCCUCCUGUCGAGGUCGAGCGAUACAGAAAUGCCCGACGACGAUGACAAGGCCAGGCCGUCGACGACCAACUACAGUCUACAAAGCGAAAGGCAGCUUGGGCAGAAGUCCCUACAGAACUCUUCACAGGCAUACGACAAGCAGCUGUUAUCCAAGAUUGGUGGGCCAAAUGCACCUUCCGGUGUGGCCAAGCUGAAUGGUCUACCACCCCUCGCUACGCCCGACCGUAGACCCAACAGCAGCAACAGUCUCACAAGCCCGGUGUCUCGCUGGCCGCCAUCUGGUACGAUCUCGCCAGGAGGCUUCAAAAGCCCGACGUUCGAUCCUGCACCCUUAGAAAGAGAAGGCACACAAAUGCGGCGCUUUGGCAGCGUGUCUACAGACGGAGGUCUUCCUGUGUCAAGACAACAGGGCACGGGCAGUUAUGACCAGAGUACAGUGUUCACGGACUUUGGCAUGGACGAGAGCGGCGUGAGGGAUUUGAGCAUGAACGAUCGAAGCCCCGGAUCAGACGAAUAUCAAACUGGACCGAAGGCUGGAGUGAAGCGUGCAGCACUAUCACCGCCCGUAGAGGCAGCCAGAGAGGAUAGGCCAACGGGAAGCGGCAUUGACCUGUACCACCGCCGGUCACAGCAGAUGCUGGGUAGCCAUCGCAACUCACCAGUGUCACGAUUCCAGACUGGGCAGCAUGGCUCGAUAUCAUCGGCAUCGUCAUUUGGGCCGCGAACGAAUUCGUAUGCAUCGUCUUACGGGGUGUCGUUGGCCAGUAGUGCAACAAGCUAUAGCAGUGAGCGGUUGUCACCAGGGGCUCUGUCGCCUGGCGGAGGACGGGGUAACUGCGGGAGUGGUGGUGGUGGUGGUGGUGGUGGUGGUGGUGGUAGUGCUGAUAGGGAGCUUGGACCCGCAGCACCGCACCUAAGCCCACGUGGAUCGUUAUCAUCGAAAGGGGCCUCAGGCCUAGCAACACCAGCACCAGCACCAGCGCCCGCGCCCGCACCCGCCGCCCACGUCCAGGCGCUCCAGCGGUUGUCGGGAGGCUUCUCUGAUAACCCAAUCGCCAUCGAUGCCGCCGCCGCCGCCCUCCAACAACACCACCGCCAUCAACAACAACAGCAACAACAACACCACCACCACCAGGCUCAGCAGCACUCGCAAAAACUCUCUCAAGACAGCAUGCACGCUCAUUCGCGCCACAACAGUAGUGCCUCCAAAGCACAGGGUCACUUCAUCUGUGAAUGCUGCCCCAAGAAGCCAAAGAAGUUUGAGAGCGAAGAGGAGCUUCGAAUCCACGAGCUCGAAAAGCAAUAUACCUGUGCAUAUUGCCCUAACCGCUUCAAGAACAAAAACGAAGCAGAGCGUCAUCAGAAUUCACUCCAUCUACGAAAGCAUUCUUGGUCCUGCGCCGCCUUGGCUGGUGUGCACGCCGCAUACCACCCCUCGACUGUGCAUCCAGGUGCAGACGUGUGUGGUUAUUGCGGUGAGGAAUUCCCAAAUCCCGCUAAUUGGGAUGUACGAUCCGAGCAUUUGAAUCACGUGCACAAGUACGGCGAGUGUAAUCAAGCAAAAAAGUUCUUUCGCGCGGACCACUUUCGCCAGCAUCUCAAGCACAGCCAUGCUGGGACCAGUGGGAAAUGGACUAAUCAACUGGAAAAUGCAUGUCAAAAGGACGAGCCCCCACCAAAGGAGCGACUGUCAGCCUUUACCGCCCCAAACUCCCCCGUCACUACCGCUCGAGGGGUUGCUUCAUUGAUGAAUUCAAUCAUAGACGAACAUCAAAACGAAUCAUGA